UUCGCGACUGGGAGAGGUUAUGCGAGCGAGCGAGCCCGCAUACAUCCUCCUUGCUCCCUAUAAAUCCCUUGCCUUGUUUGUUUGGUCUCCCAUCGAUCGGAUCGACUGAGAAAAGUAGCGAGUGGAAGAGAGUAGAGAAUGGCAGGAAUCAUCCACAAGAUCGAGGAGAAGCUCCACAUGGGAGGAGACCACAAGAAAGAGGGAGAGAAAGCUGAGCACGAGGGGGAGAAGAAGGAGCACAAGGAGGAGAAGAAGGAGCACACGAAGGAAGGCGAAGGGGGAAUAGCCGAGAAGAUCAAGGAGAAGAUCCAUGGAGGAGAAGGGGAGGAGGGAAAGAAGAAGAAGGAAAAGAAGAAGGAGAAGAAGAAGCACGGGGAGGGAGAGCAUGACGGGCACAGCAGCAGCAGUAGCAGCGAUAGCGAUUAGAUCCAUCUAAUCGCCCAUAUACCUUUCUUGUGUUGUCGCAGUAUGGAACUUGAAGGUAUGCUCUGUUUUAGGGUUCGUUCGGCUCUGUAAUAGCGAUUAAUCUGACAAUAAAGUGCUGUUUGUGUUGUAAGAUUGUGGUGUUUUUUGUGUUCUUGAUCUAAAUCGAUGAUGGAUUUUGUACCUGAUCUGAAA